CACUUAAUAUAUAAUAUAACCUAAUUCCCAGUCUUUUUCACGGUAAAAUUAUAUAUUCAAUCACCACUAAUACCUUCUCUCAUUUCCAUCAUUAGAUCCACCGAUACUCACCAUGACCCAACCCAUCACCGAAGUCGUCCAGCUCCAGCUCCAGCCUGGAGCCGUGAUCGAGGAACUUAUGUCCGACUUCCUACGCAUAUUGCAACGCCAACCUGGAUUCCAACACCUCGCAUGGGGGAGAUGGGAAGAGUCUCCGGACAACGUGCAGCUGCUCUUGAAUUGGGAUACUAUUGAGGCUCACAGACAGUUCGAGGUGUCAGGGGCAGACUUUGCCGCCGUCGGUGAGGUUCUGGGGCCUGUACUUGCCAAGCCGCCUGCGAUGCACCACGUCAAUUUCAAGCCUGCUAUUGCCGACAUCGUCUCGAGCACCGCGACUGUCUAGGAUGAGACAUUGCAGAUUUUCGGGCAGUGUUCAAUGUGCAUACAUGGAUAGCGAAGGCAUUUGAGGGGAUUGCCAGCGAAUGGAGGAGCUUGGUGGGAGGG